AACGAUAUAAAAGUAACGAAUGGUUACUACGCGCACAUCUCUCGUAUUGUUUUCGUCGUUUCGUGUCGGUGAAUAAGAUCUCUGCUGGUUUUUACGUUCGGAGGGCAGUGCGAGGUUUUUGUUGGGGGAAACAUACGUGGCCGGGUGGGAGUGAUACUUAUCAAUUGAGAAUAAGUCAAGAAUAAGUGAUUAAACUUCUCUUUCUUGGAAGACUUUUUAUAGUAUCUGUGAAAUUUUGGGGAUUUAAGGAUGCUGAAGGCUGUUAUAUUAAUUGGCGGACCUUUGAAAGGGACCCGAUUUCGUCCACUAUCCCUGGACAUUCCAAAGCCCCUCUUCCCGAUCGCGGGUCUUCCAAUGAUCCAACAUCACAUCGAAGCAUGCGUAAAACUGAAAAACCUCAAAGAAAUCCUGAUAAUCGGCUCUUACAACGCCAGCGAACUCGAGAACUUUGUCCAAGAGAUGAUGGAUAUCUACGGAAUAAGCAUACGUUACCUCCAAGAAUUCACAGCCCUCGGUACUGGCGGUGGAAUGUAUCACUUUAGGGAUCAGAUAAGAGCCAGUGGUCCCGAGGCAUUCUUCAUAAUGAAUGGUGACGUUUGCGCGGACUUUCCUCUGGAGGAAAUGGUGGAGAUGCACAGUAACAAUUCAGCCGUACUGAGUGUUAUGGCGACAGAGGCAACGAGACAACAGUCACUGAAUUAUGGGUGCAUAGUGCCGAGUAAAGAGGAUUGUAGACAAGUUGUUCAUUAUGUGGAGAAACCUUCCACGUUUGUCUCUACUCUCAUCAAUUGCGGGGUUUAUCUAGCUUCUCUGGAUAUUUUCCAGUUCAUGGCGGAUGUUUUUUAUGCCAGGCAUCAACAGGAUAAAUCAAUGCAAAUCAAUGGAAAUGGAAAAGAUUCUGCACACAUUUCCCUGGAACAAGACAUCCUAACUCGACUAUCUGAAACUGGAAAGCUUUGCGCACUGCAAACGUCGAAUUGGUGGUCACAAGUUAAGACAGCAGGAGCAGCGAUCUACGCAAAUCGACAUUACCUGGCUUUAUACCGGUCAAAGGCGCCAGAGCGUUUGGUAUCUCCAGCAAGUGGAAAGUGUCAGAUAAUCGGAGAUGUUUUUAUUCAUCCCUCUGCUGUUGUUGAUCCUGCUGCCACGUUGGGCCCCAACGUAAGCAUCGGACCAAACGCUAAGCUGGGAGCCGGCGUGAGAAUACGUGAAUCCAUUGUCCUCGCAAAUUCACAGAUCCAAUCUCACUCGAUGGUACUACACAGCAUAAUAGGACGUGGUAGUAUCGUCGGAGAGUGGGCAAGGGUUGAGGGUACCCCAUGCGAUCCAAAUCCCGAUAAACCAUUUGCAAAAAUGGAAAAUCCCCCAUUGUUCAAUAUCAAUGGAAAACUUAAUCCAUCAAUUUCAAUAUUGGGCACGAGUGUAACUCUCGCAGCCGAGCGAAUUCUCCUGAACUCAAUCGUGCUGCCGCAUAAACAACUGACAAGAGAUUUUAAAAACGAAAUUAUUCUCUGAGAAUUUUACAUUAUUCUUUCUCAAAAGUAUUCGCGGCAUAAUAAAUGAAAAAUAAAUUGCAUUGUAAAUACUGAUUAUUUCCUCGGAUUUGUGGAGAAAUGAAGAUUUUCUAUCGGAACAUUCGCACAAACUUUGUAUAAUGUACAAUGAAUUUUACAAUAAAUCUUAAUGAUAA